AUGGCGCAACCAAAAGCCCUCAAAGGUCUCCUCUCCCUCCUCCUCCUCCUCUUCACCUUUUGCAUCCUCCCCGCAACCAGCUACCCGACCUCCCUCUCCCAUGACAAACGCACCCUCAACCCGGCCAUGCCCACCGUGGCCGAAGCCCAAAAACACCUCAAACACGUCGGCAAAGACAAAUCCAUCUUCUACCUCAGCGAAGUCGGCGACGCCGUACACAAAUACGCCAAAGCGCACGGGCUCAAAAUCAUCAGCGACGCAGACGACGGCUCCCACUGGGCCACCAUGGAAGGCGGCCCGUUUCUCGAGCGCUCCAUGCGCGAGAUUGACGACCAGCCCACAUGGACGGACAACGAAUUGUCGGAGGCGAUGCAGGUGGUGUCGAAUGCGUUUGCGGCCAACGCUGAAGGUGAGGUCCAUGUGAUUCUGCCGUAUCAUAUGCCCAGUCGGAAGAAUCAUUGGACGGGGGAGUUUGAGGAGCUCAAGAAGAAUAAAAAGGUGACCAAGGUUUGGGCGUUUGAUAUGAAGAAUGCCCAUUCCAUGCCCAAGGGGAAGCCGAGAGAGUUGUGGCCUCAUGCGCAGCCGAAGACUGAGCAUGCUGGUUGA